AUGGAUACAAUUAUUCCUAUACUGGAUGUAUUUCGUUUAGCACUUUUAAAUCGUACCCUGAAUAGAAUAUAUUGUUCCUUGGAUGCAGAAGGCGAAAGGUCUUCUGCAGGUUUGGAAACAAUGCAGCGGUUGACUAAUUUUUUAAUAAGUGCGAAUUCUGAUCCAGUUCGUAUUUUGGCAUGUCGAGCCAUGGCGAAUGCUGCUAUGCAUCAAUGGGGUCGUUCAAUGCUCAUCCAUGACGUUAAUACAACAGUCAAGUACGUUGCAGUACAGCUAAAUAGUGCAAAACAUGCUUUACAACUCGCUGCAACAACAGCUUUAGCAAAUUGGGCUUUAAUUUUGUUACGCCAUACAGAAUCUGGGAAAGUAGCUGAACUUGGUCCACGAGAAGAUGCCUUACGAGCUAUUAUUCAGGUCAUCGAGAAUGUUGUCAGUUUCGGUGAUUUCAAUCAAAUAGCUUUAAUACGACUUCUUCAAGCAAUAGUAACAUUGAUGUGGGGCGAUGUUGCUGUUAUUCAACUGGCCAAAGGGCGAGAUAUCAUUGGAAUAGUGAACCGAAUUAAAGAUGCCGUGAUAGAUGAAUCUGGAAAAGCUAUUGCAAGAGACAUUACAGAAAUGGCGUAUUCAUUAUGA